UUUUGACACUUGAUACGGAGCAGUUGACACUUCGCUUGAGUUUAGCUUUUUAGUCCAGUGGUUUAGAACUCAAGUAGGAAAGCUAACUUCACCUGUGUGAUUUCUGCUGUUCGGACUUUCACAUCCACUUAUCCAACGUAAGUUAUGGCAUUCAGCCGUGGGUCUAUCUUUCUCCGCCGCGCCAUCGCCGGUCGCAACCUCCUCCGCAAAAGUAGAUGUUCCCAAACGGCAGCAGCCUUCGGGGGAUGCUCUCCUUACCAUUCUACUUCAAGCGGUCACGGUGGCGGUGAUUGCAACAAGAGACCCUUUAGCUCCGAUGCCGCUUCAGCAUAUCAUCUGCAGGGAGGUCCGUCCUACAUGCGCGCAGCCGUCUUUUGGGAACCGAAUAAGCCUUUAACUUUGGAAGAUUUCCACAUGCCCCGCCCCAAAGCCAACGAAGUUCUCAUCAAAACCAAAGCAUGUGGAGUCUGCCACUCUGACCUGCAUGUAAUUAAAGGCGAACUUCCUUUUGCAAGACCUUGUGUUGUGGGGCACGAGAUAACUGGUGAGGUGAUUGAACAUGGCCCCCUCACAGACAGUAAAAUUGUUCAAAGAUAUCCUGUUGGAGCUCGAGUGGUUGGAGCUUUCAUCAUGCCUUGUGGUAGCUGUAGGUUCUGCUCAAAGGGUCAAGAUGACUUAUGUGAGGAUUUUUUUGCAUACAAUCGAGCUAACGGAACCCUUUAUGAUGGUGAAACACGACUGUUUUUCCGCAGCAAUGGGAAACCAGCGUAUAUGUACAGUAUGGGAGGUCUAGCUGAAUACUGUGUGGUGCCAGCACAUGGAUUGGCUGUUCUACCCAGUACUGUACCUUAUACAGAAUCUGCUAUUUUAGGAUGUGCAGUGUUUACUGCUUAUGGUGCAAUGGCUCAUGCUGCCGAAGUACGCCCAGGUGAUGCUAUUGCCGUCAUUGGAAUUGGUGGUGUGGGUUCAAGCUGUCUGCAGAUAGCAAAAGCAUUUGGAGCUUCACAGAUUAUUGCAGUUGAUGUUCAAGAUGAGAAACUAGAGAAAGCUAAGUCCCUUGGAGCCACUGACACAAUAAAUGCACUGAAUGAAGAUGCAGUGAAGAAAAUAAAGGAAAUUACAGGUGGAAUGGGUGUGGAUAUUGCAGUUGAAGCAUUGGGUAGAACACAGACAUUUGGCCAAUGUGUACAAAGUGUUAGAGAUGGAGGGAAAGCUGUGAUGAUUGGGCUCACUCUCUCUGGCGCUAAAGGGGAGGUCGAUAUUAAUCAUUUGGUCCGAAAACAGAUAAAGGUGAUAGGGUCAUAUGGGGCCAGAGCAAGACAAGAUCUUCCAAAGUUGAUUAAACUUGCCGAGAGAGGCAUCUUCAAUCUCUCUGCAGCUGUUUCUAGGAAAUGCAAACUCGAAGAGGCCGCAGAAGCGUACAAAGAUCUUGAUAAAGGGAAUAUCACUGGCCGUGCUGUUGUUGAGCUCAUGUAAUCUUGUUGAUUGCUGCAAGAACCAACAGUGAAUUGAACCUUUUUGUUUAAUUCCUAAAGUAAUGUAAACAGCUACUCUACUCCACCGGAUUAACAUUUGAAGAAUUGUUUUAUCAUGUUGAAUGUGCAAAUAAACAUUCAGUUAUCAUUCUUUUGUUAUUAUGGGGCUGUAUUGUUCUGGAAUGACA